AUGUACGGGAAAAAAACUCCUUCGACUUAUAGAUCUACGCCUUCUGUAUAUUCACAUUAUACAGGAAAGUCAUCAACAAAUCUUCGCUCAUCAAAAUCCGUUAAAUCUCUGCGAGUACCAUGGUAUCAAAAGCCAAUCCUCCAUGAUGCUUUUGUUUUGGACUUACAAAGAGGUUCAUUACUAACAGGAUCUCUAGCUGUGUUUAUAGCUUUAUUCACAUUCGCCCAGAGUAUAUUUGACUUGUAUUGCCUUGGAAUGGCAACACCUGGUUCCGUGCAUUAUGGAUACUAUGUGAUGAGCUAUCAAUUUGUUUAUGUAGGCAGUGCACCUGUUCGCAAUGUUCUCAUUGUGUUUUCAUUAUUUUCCUGGAUUGGAUCUGUUGCAGUAUUGGUCACUAGUAUUAUGCUUAUAAGUGCUUUACGAAAAGAACAUGAAAAGCGCAUUGUCCCUUGGUUGUAUGCUUUUGGAGUGUUUAUAUUAUUUCGUGCAGUUGCAUUUAUAUUUGCUUCCAUAGUAAAUGACAUGAUAUUUGCAUACAAUAUAUUAAUGUGCCUUUUUUGGAUUGUGUUUACUGUCAGCGGGAUCUAUGGAUGGUUACUUGUAUAUAGUUUAUAUUUGGAACUAGCUGACUUGACAAAGUUGGAAGAUUUGGCACAUUUACGAAUGGGUACCAUGGCAUCUCUUAAUGCAUCCUUAGCUGGUUCAAGACCCACAACUCCACACUCAACAGUAUCUACCAUGCCGGCUUCACAAAUAUGA